CUUCAAUAAUAUUAGUCAUUAGAUGCCAUAUCUUCACUUUAAUAGCAUCCUUCUUCUUCACCUUUCUUUUACAGGUUUGAGUUCUUUCGCCAAGUAGAAGCAGUGAAAGACGGUGGUAAAUAGUUCUGUUUGAUAGUUUCCUUCCGCGCGCUCCAUUUUCUCAUUUCUCCAUAUAUAUAUAUCCCACUUCGGAUAAUGCCACCGACUCGGAGGGAACGAAAAACAAAAAUCCAGAACCAUAGGCGUCAGUUUUCUUCACCAUCAUACACGGCCAUGGCAAUCCUUGCUCCACAACUAGCAUGAGCAGAAACAACAUAAACUCAAUUUCCCCCCAAUGGACUCCGCCGCCUUACUUCCCCACGCUCUCCACUUUCCCCGCCACGUCCUCCACCGCAACUCUCUUCUUCAUCCGCUUCCCUCCGGCGCCGCCGCAGCUCAACCCAGAAACAGAGCCUCCUUCGCCACCAGCAUCGCCGUCCACAGAGUCGGAGCCGGCGAGCUGCCCGAUUCCGACGACUGCAGAAACCAAAACGGCUACGCGUUGAAGGACGAGACCGAUUCGGCGCCGUUUGGAACGGUUAGCGCCGAGAUCACCUCGGAGACCAUUGAUUUCUUCGUCAGCGAUGCAGAGGGAGACCCUGAUUGCCCAACUCCAGGGUACUCCUCCAUUGACCACGCCCUCCACAUCCUUCGCCAGGGCAAGUUUGUGAUUGUUGUAGACGAUGAGGACGACGGCGCCGGCGUCGUUGAAGGGAACUUGGUCAUGUCGGCGGCGUUCACCACCGCGAAACACGUGGCGUUCGUGAUGAAGCAUGGCUCCGGCAUCGUCUCCGUCGGAAUGGCGGAAGAGGAUCUCGUCAGACUCAAGCUUCCAUUAAUGUCCCCCGAGACCGAAGAUGAGGAUUCUUCCGCCCCUACUUUCACAAUCACCGUGGACGCGAAAAGUGGGACAUUGACGGGAGUAUCAGCGGCAGACAGAGCAAAGACGGUGCUGGCUCUAGCUUCUGCAGAGUCCAACCCUCAAGAUUUCAGGAAACCAGCAGGGCACGUCUUCCCACUCAAGUACCGAAACGGCGGCGUUUUGAGAAGGGCUGGACACACCGAAGCUUCUGUCGAUCUAGUUAUGCUCGCCGGGUUGCGGCCGGUCUCUGUUAUCUCGGCCAUCGUCGAUCCAGAGGAUGGGUCCAUCGCUUCGUUGGAAAAUCUCAGAAAUUUGGCUGCCGCACACAACAUACCAAUCGUCUCAAUUACCGAUCUAAUAAGGUACCGGAGAAAGAGGGAGAAAUUGGUGGAAAGAACAGCCGUCUCUGGCCUACCCACAAAACGUGGCAUCUUUGACGCUUACUGCUACCGCUCAAAGCUAGAUGAUACAGAACAUAUAGCCCUUGUCAAGGGAGAAAUAGGGAACGGCGAGGACGUACUGGUGAGAGUCCACUCGGAGUGCUUGACGGGCGACAUAUUCGGGUCGGGCCGGUGCGACUGCGGGAACCAAUUGGAGCUUGCGAUGCGAUUGAUAGAGGAAGCCGGAAGAGGCGUGGUGGUGUACCUACGAGGGCACGAAGGGAGAGGGAUCGGGCUGGGUCACAAGCUUCUGGCGUACAACUUGCAGGAUUUGGGGCACGACACCGUGGAGGCCAACAUCGAGCUCGGUCUGGCGGUGGACGCGAGGGAGUACGGCAUCGGGGCGCAGAUCUUGAGGGAUGUUGGGGUGAGGACGAUGCGGCUGAUGACGAACAACCCGGCCAAGUUCGUGGGGCUGAAAGGGUACGGGCUGGCGGUGGUCGGAAGGGUUCCGGUGAUGACGCCCAUCACGGAGGAGAACAAGAGGUACCUGGAGGCGAAGCGGGUCAAGAUGGGUCAUAUCUACGGGUCGGAUAUUCGAGGAGAUACUUUGAGCGGAAUGUUUGACCAAGGAACCGAUGCACCAGAGCAAUCGAAAGACGUGUAAUUAAGACUUAAGACUUAAGAGGGUAAAUACAAUACAAUUUAUUAGUCAAAAUUUCCAACUUUGUCAAAAUAUUAGCCAAAUGCGCAUAUCUAUGUAAAUGCAAAAAAAUACUAA